AUGUGCCAUCCAGAGUUUCUUCCUAGUCUUUCUUCUUCUUCAUCAAUGGCUUCAAGUUAUUCUGAGCAGGGUUGCGAGAACUCUUACUCACUGCCACCCAGAUCCAGAGCAGGAAGCCACGUAUCGGCCACAGCUGCUCAAUUUGCAAACAUCCAGCUCAUCGACUCCCCAAGAACCCUACCGAUCGAGUCCAGCCCCUCCAUUAGCUCCGAGGCUCUUCAUUCCUCUGGCUAUAUCAGUCCCAACCCUCCCCACUCGGCCUCGUUUCUCUCAACUCCCAGCUCGCAGGGAUACUCGCCUUUCCCUCUCCUGCCACCCGAGAUCUUGAAUGCAGAGUGGAACGACAGCGAAGUACAUCGACAGACUUCAGACUCGACGCCCCUCGUCCGAGUAGACCCAGCCCAGGACUACUCUCACCAUCAAUCCUCCUCACCACUGCCAACCGGAGCAAGCAUGAGCACCGUUGCUCUCCAAUUUGACCCCACGUUCACUAUGGGAAGCCGUUCAACAUUCACCUGGCCUGGCCUCGACAACAGCGAAUCAAGCGGGACACUUCUCGGCCACAACCUCGCAUCCCUUGGCUCUGCAUCAGACGCCAGCCUCACACCGCCCAGCGGAUCCAGAUCAGUAACGGCGAGCCCUCCGCGGGGCGUCUUGACUCCUGAGCAGCGGGAACUGAAAAAGCAGAGGGACCAGGCACGCCGAGACUCCAAAGCGUCCGCACGCGGAAGGAGGACCGGAAGCAACCCUUACAUUCACUCGCCUCCUCUGUCGAUGCCCGAUGUCUCUAGCACCAUGGGCGUUCCCGUCUACACAACAGCUCCCGCUCCAAUUUCACUCCUCGCCGAGCCGACAACGACUAUGGGAGCCUCAUCAUACCUCCCCUCGUACAGCCCGCCCCUAUCAGACCAUGGCUACCAGAACGGAUACCCACCAAUGGCGCCGGCGUACAGCCUAGGCGGAAUGGACUAUUCCAACCAAUUCCAGCCCCCAGCACAGUAUAGUAGCAGACCCCCGAUGCCAGUUGGCCAGGACCCGAGCAUGAUGUACGGCGUACCGCCCACGAUGGCCCCCGGGGCCGGACCAGACCAGGGAGGACAUGUUAGGGUGGUGCAGAGCCGCCCUAAGCCCCAGUGCUGGGAGCACGGGUGCAACGGGCGACAAUUCUCGACGUUCAGCAACCUUCUAAGGCACCAGCGCGAAAAGUCUGGUCAGGCGGCGAAGGCAACCUGCCCCAACUGCGGAGCAGAGUUCACAAGGACAACAGCAAGGAACGGCCACCUUCUCCACGACAAGUGCAAGCAACGCCGCAACACAUAG